ACCAGGCUCUCAUCAAAGCUCUCAACCACUUCCUAGUUCCUCCUCUCCCCCUUCCGGCCGCACCGAGCUCUCUCCAUUCCUUCUCCCCCCAAAUUGAAAUCCUCCUCCCCGCGGCCUCGCCUAGGGUUUCGCUUCCUCCCCUUCGCGUCCGAGCAUCCUCUACCCCACCGGCGGCUGCGGCGGCCGCCACCCCUCAUCUCGUCGCCCUGAGACUUCCCUACCGCCUGCCUGUUCGGCCGCUCCCCCUGCCGCCCCGCCCUGACCUGAGACUGCUAAGGCUUUUUGUCCAUAAAAGGUGCUAUUGUGGCACAGAGACAUUUCUAAGUGAAGUUGCUAAUAAGGCGGGUUCGAAGCUAUCUGCUAUUGCUGCUGCAAUGGCAACCAAUGAAAACCUUCCACCAAAUGUCAUCAGGCAAUUGGCUAAAGAACUGAAGAAUCUUGACGAGUCACCUCCAGAAGGGAUUAACGUGAUUGUCAAUGAUGAUGACUUCACUACUAUUUUUGCUGAUAUUGAAGGCCCUGGUGGAACUCCAUAUGAGAAUGGAGUGUUCAGGAUGAAGCUACUAUUGUCUCGCGACUUCCCUCAAUCUCCCCCAAAAGGAUUCUUCUUGACAAAAAUUUUCCAUCCAAACAUAGCUACUAGUGGUGAGAUAUGUGUAAACACACUGAAGAAGGAUUGGAACCCUGGCCUUGGAUUAAGACAUGUUCUUCUGGUAGUGAGAUGCCUUCUGAUUGAACCAUUUCCUGAAUCUGCACUGAAUGAACAAGCGGGGAAGAUGUUACUUGAAAACUACGAGGAAUAUGCACGGCAUGCAAGGCUAUACACCGGCAUCCAUGCCCUUAAACCUAAGAAUAAGUCCAAGACUGGAGCUAUUUCUGAGUCAACCACUGCUCUGAAUGUGGACAAGUCGAGUGCUGCUUCCAGCGAGAACACACCAUCAAUGCCACCAGCAGUAUCUACCUCCACUGCAUCCAGAGCAUUUGGCACGAACUUGCAGGAUCAGAACCCGACUGUUUCUGAUCCUGCCGCCGUAGGAGCUGCCGCAGCACGGAAGAAGGAUGGCCCGAUGGCUUCCAAAGCUCCUCUCGACAAGAAAAAGAUGGAUGCGCGAAAGAAGAGCUUGAAGAGAUUAUAGGCGAAAACGUCCCGGGAAGAGGGACGUUGUUGCCGGUAGAUCAGAAUUCAAAUUUGCUAGCAUGAGCCAGGUUCAGCAGAUGCUUAGUGAAACUGGGAGAGAAAAAGGAAUAAGUGGGGAGAGGCAUCUGAUGAUCUGGAAUUGGGGACGAGGCGGGGCCAGACGGGGGAAUAAUGUGAACUGGGUCCUUCGGGACAACUUUAUUAUGUUCAAUGUCCAAUCAUUUGGAAGAAGACCUGCCUAUUUCCUUUUGUUGUUUCUCGUUUGUCUGGUGCAAUCAAUCAGCAUUGCCUA